CCUCGCCCCCUUAUCUUUUCUUUCGUCCUUUUUAUCUCUCGCUCCCUCGUGGACAUCCGACAAGCCUCCUAAAGCAGAAGCAUGGCCACCACCGCCUCCCUCGGUCUGCUCAAACUCCUCCCCAGCUCUAUCCGCUCCACCAAACUCAUCCCAAAACCAUCAUUGGACCUCCCACUUCCGUCCCGGAACCACUCUCCCUUUCCUCACCUCGAACAUGCCGCUCUCCGUGUCCUCUCCAAAGCCUCCUUCCUCCCUGCCACGGCUGGGGCCCUGUCCCUUUCCCUCUUCCUCAACCCCCAGGAUGCUCUUGCGGUCGGCGGGGAGUUUGGGAUCCUGGAAGGGCGGACGUUAUCGCUGAUCCACCCGUUGGUGAUGGGAGGCCUCUUCUUCUACACGCUAUGGGCUGGUUAUUUGGGAUGGCAGUGGCGCCGCGUGCGGACCAUCCAGGACGAGAUCAACGAGCUCAAGAAGCAGGUGAAGGCCCCCGCCCAGGCCGCUGCCGCCGUUGCCGCAGGGGCCGACGGCGCCCGGGAGGCUCCGCUGCCGCCACCGCCGCCUGCAGCGGUCUCCCCGGUGGAAGCCAAGAUUCAGCAGCUCACCGAGGAGAGGAAGAUGUUGAUCAAAGGGUCGUACCGGGAUCGGCACUACAAUUCGGGGUCCAUACUGUUGGCUUUCGGAGUGUUCGAGUCGGUGGGUGGUGGGCUCAAUACAUGGUUCCGCACCGGGAAGCUCUUUCCGGGGCCCCACCUUUUCGCCGGUUGUGCUAUCACGGUCUUGUGGGCAGCAGCUGCAGCGCUUGUGCCUGCUAUGCAAAAAGGAAAUGAGACGGCCAGAAAUCUGCAUAUUGCAUUGAAUGCACUAAAUGUGCUAUUAUUUAUAUGGCAGAUCCCAACUGGAUUUGAGAUAGUCCUCAAAGUGUUCGAGUUCACGAAAUGGCCUUGAGUUAAUAAUUUUCCUAUCUUAUUCAACUGGCUAUUCCUUUUGCUAGUUCAAUUUGAUAUCUAAGUAAAUCCCCUAAUUAAGAAAUUGUUGUUUCAUAUGUUUUUUCACUUGCGUGUAUCGCAUAUGAAUUGACACUUUAAAUUUUUCUCUCUAAGAUGCAUUUUUAAGGUAAUUGUUGCUAAGAUGUAAUAAAGUGCAUACUAGAUUAAUUUAAAAUUUGAUUAAAUUGCA